AGCCAUUCUGUGAGCCAGCUUGGGAUUCUUUCUUAUGUUGGCCCCCUGCAGCAGCUGGAGAAACUUUAUUUCGCCCUUGUCCACUUUUGGAUUCUAUGGGUAUUAUAAUUGGAGAAACUACACAGCCAGAACUGUAUGCCGUGAGAAGCUGUGAUGACAAUGGAAUAUGGACUGGAAAUAUCACCAACUACACACUUUGCGUUCCGAAUAUAGAGGAACUCUAUUCAAGCUCUUGGACGCCAACAAUAGUCGCUUUGAUCGUCGUCAUUGGCUCUGCAUUGUCAAUCAUCACCCUGUCACUUUCGCUUUUCAUCUUCUUUUACUUCAA